AUAAGUUUCUAUGUUAUCCUCGUAUAAGUUGCUCAUAAGGAUCUUACACAGAUAAUUCACCUAGUGCGAACUUCACCUUGAAAGAAAAUCCCACCCCAGGCCAAAGUUAGAGGUCACCAUGGAAAAAUUUAUUAGGACUAACUCCAAGAAAGGAGCAUUAAUGGUUUUACUAGGAAUUCCUUUGGCUGUCUCUGCAGGCAUUUAUUUUGCAAUGAAGUACACGGAAAAAAAGAGUGAUCGUCUUUCGCCCCUUGUCGCCCUGCAUGGAGGCCAACAGGUCCUGAAGAGAUUGAUUGGUUAUCAUGGUGCUCUAGCAAAGAUGGACCUUGCUGAAGCUACGAUGAAGAGAAUACUCAUCGAAGACAAGAGCGUACUCAACCAAGACAAGCGCAAACGUCCUAAUAUUAAGAAGCUGGAGAGAGCUAUUGCAGAGUUGGAAAUGACCAGCAGAGCAGUUAAAGCAGCAGAUAUGCUUAAAUGCGCAUUUGAAGAUGCAGAGGCCAAGGGAAACCUACAUGAGGCUUACGAAUUCCAGAUGUUAUAUGUCGAAAUGCUCAUCUAUAUGGGACAAUGGGAUGCGGCUCUAACGUGCAAAUGCUUGGAAGAUCAGAGAAUUACUGAUGCACGUCGUCCACUUUUUAAGGCUGUAAUUAACAUAUUGUCAGAGAAGGUUAGUGAGGGCAAAAAAUAUUGGGAAGAAUUUAGAGAAAUCCGGGAAAAUAUGCGUUUACCAGAGACUUCGGAGGAGGACGGGCCCUAUAUUCUUGCAAACAACUUUGAUGAGUUCAAGAAGAUCGUCGAGUUGCUGCGACAAGAUAUCAAGAAUGCCAAGCCAGUAUAAUCAGAGCUAGCCUUCUUUUGUCUUCUACUUCAGUAACUCUUGCUAUUGUUGUAUGAAUUUGGUGCAGCCACUAAAAAUAAGUAUGACUCCUCAUGCCCCCUAAAUAAGAAAAUAAAUCCUUUCUUCAUAAGAGUGGGGAGAGGAACUUCAUAUGA